GAUUCCGCCUCCUCUCUCUCUCUCUCUCUCUCUCUCCUCCUCGCGACUUGUCGGCGGCGACGGCGACGGCGACCUCGGCGGCGCACGGCCUCGCUCCCUCCACCGCCGCCUCCUUCCUUCGCCGCCGCACCGCGCGUCCCCGCUCCAUCUCCGGGUUUUCUCUUCUAGAUCUCCGCGGGCGGAGCUCCCGGGCGCGGAGGAGGCUGCGCCGCGCGCGCGGGGAAGGCGCACGAGCUUUGCAGUGCUAUUUUCAUUCUGAAGGAAAUUGCACGGUUAAUCUGAAUAGAUUGGUCAGUGGUUGUCUGCAUUCUACAUAUGAUCCAGAUGGUUUGGAGAUAUUCAGUGUAAUCAACAAUGCAGACACGGAAAAAGGGUGCUACGAAAAAUGCACUUGGGGAUCCUGCCAGUACUAAAACUAGUAGGCAACCCAGAAGAGCAGCUCAGGCGGCAGCUUCUGAAAAGAAAGUGAAUGAUCUUAUUACUUCUUCUGCCAAGAAGAAGAAGUCUGUUGGAGCCCCUUCAAAGAAAAACCGAGCUUCUAAAGGUGGAAGGAAGUUGAUAUCCGCAUGUGAUGCAGCUAAUUCUGAAAAUGAAGUUUCUCAGGUGGUCUCUGGUAUACCACACGAUCAGAAGCAGUCAGAUGACAAUGUUGAUGGGAGGCCAUGCAAUUCCAUAUUUUCCCCUGCAUAUCACCUUCAGAAAGAAUGUGGUGCGAGUAACUUCGCCAAAGGCUUAGAACAUAAAGGUGAUACAUUGGGUUCGGUUAGCUCAGUAGAAGAAAGGACAACACAUGCUCAAGGUAGAAAAGAAGUUACCACCAGCAGAUCUGAAUCCACUAGCCAUGCAGUUAAGACUUGUGUUGGGAGCGAUCACCAUACACUAAAUGCACAAUCAGCUUUCUGUAACACACCGCUUGAAGAGGAUGAAUUCAGUGAACUCGGAAACCUUUCUUCAGAAGUGUCAGCAAUAUAUCUUGCCAUGCAGCAGUCCAAGUUGGAGUGCAUUGAUGAACAUAGUCAAGAUUCAAUCUCAACAGAAGGUUAUGUUGAUCCUGAGGACACUGAGGAAUAUGAUGAUUUUGAUCCAUAUGCUUUUAUCAAGGAUUUGCCUGAUUUAUCACUAGUGGUCCCCAAGUUUCGCCCUGUCCUACUCCCCAAGCAAACUCGGAGUUGUCCUACAACUACCCUGGUACUUGAUCUGGAUGAAACACUUGUGCAUUCAACUCUUGAACCAUGCGAGGAUGCUGACUUCGCAUUUCCAGUUUAUUUUAACUUCAGAGAACACACAAUAUAUGUCCGAUGCCGUCCCUAUCUCAAAGAGUUCUUGGAGAGGGUUGCCAAUUUGUUUGAGACAAUCAUUUUCACUGCAAGUCAAAGCAUUUAUGCAGAACAGCUUCUCAAUGUUCUUGAUCCUAAAAGAAAGUUGUUCCGUCAUCGUGUUUACCGUGAUUCCUGUGUUUAUGUGGAGGGAAACUACUUAAAGGAUCUAACAGUUCUUGGACGUGACUUAACUCGUAUAAUGAUUGUUGACAACUCUCCACAGGCUUUUGGAUUCCAGUUAGACAAUGGCAUUCCUAUUGAAAGCUGGUUUGAUGAUCCCAAUGAUCAGGAGCUGUUGAAACUGCUCCCAUUCUUGGAAAGCCUGGUUGGCGUUGAGGAUGUUCGACCAUAUAUAGCCAGGAAGUUCAACCUCCGUGAGAAGGUAGCAACCGCAUCGUCUCUUUCAAUGGACCUGCAAAUGUGAUCCACUUUUGCUUUGGAAUAUGUCUCUGUGUAGGUGGUAAUUUCGAUAAAUGCAGAAGGGCUGGUAUGGUGAUUCUGUAGAGUUUAGGCUGUAGUGUAUCAGGAUCCCCCCUGUACUGCAAAUCUUGUAUGUCUUUAGAACCGCCAUGUACAAUGUUCUCCAGAUGUAAGUUCGUACUGGAAGAAUUUGGGGAUCCCAUGUAUGGCUAAUCAAGGUUACUAGGUUCAUGGUGGUGAACUUUCCAGCAAUGCAGAUAAAAUUGUUCAAAAAAUGUGUUCUAUUGUGAUUGUAAAUGCCGUGGACUGCAUGCUCCUAACAUCUGGACGAUUGGUCAGGUAGCUGAAAUAGUCCGUUUUUUACUUUGACCUAUCCUUAGUUUAAUUUA